UGAUUUGGGUGCGAUCAUUAAAUUUAUAGAAUGAAUAAAUAAAAUGAACUUUAUACAUCUUAUGUGCUGUAAAAAAGCUUUAAUAAAUGUGGUUUAACCGAACAUAACAAUGAUUUCGUGACAAUUCAGGAAAUGAAGUUUAUUUUCUUCAGAUAAUUACAGUUGUGCGCGGAACGCCAUGGAGGAAGAAAUUCACGCAUCUUCCCUGCUCCAACGACGAGAUUCUCUACCUCGUGGCACAAUGAGCGGGGGCGUGACAGGCGCACUGCUCUAUGCAGUGUUCAGCGCUGUUCUCGGAAUGCUCCAGUUCGGCUUCAACACUGGAGUCAUAAAUUCGCCGAAGGAAUUCAUACAAAAUUUCAUAAUAGCGAACUACGAGGUCGACGCCGAUACCCUGUUCAGUGUGAUCGUCUCGAUAUUCGCCGUCGGCGGUAUUAUCGGCUGCCCGCUGGCCAGCUGGAUCGCCGAUAAAAAGGGCCGUAAGUUCGCCUUAAUCAUAAAUGCCGCUUUCGGCGUCGUCGGAGCUGUUCUCAUGGGCUUCAGCGAGAGCGCAACGUCAGUCGCUAUGCUCAUAAUUGGAAGGUUCCUUAUCGGUAUCAACUGCGGAUUCGCAACGACGGCAUCCCCGACCUACGUGUCGGAGGUGGCGCCUGUGCGGCUGAGGGGCGCUUUCGGAACGGUCAAUCAACUGGCCGUCGCGUUCGGUCUCGUCGGAGGCCAGAUUUUGGGCAUCGACGUGAUAAUGGGAAGCGACGAGGGCUGGCCCUGGCUCUUGGGGUUGGCGAUAAUCCCCUCCGCUGUUCAGUGCAUAAUGCUACCUUUCGUUCCCGAAUCUCCCCGGUAUCUCAUGUUCGUCCAACAGGACGAGGAGCAAACUCGAACUGUACUUAAGAAAUUAAGAGGCACCGACGACAUCGAAGACGAAAUUAAAGACAUGCGCGACGAGGAAAUCGCCGAAAAACAGGAGCAGAAGUUCACCAUCGGGGACCUGCUCAGGAUCAAAUCGCUCCGCACCCCGCUUGUCAUCGGUAUAGUGAUGCACCUCUCCCAGCAGCUGGGCGGAAUCAACGCGGUGCUUUACUACUCCGCCACGAUAUUCACCAGCGCCGGGCUCAGCGAGUACGACGCCAGGUUGGCGUCCAUCGGAGUGGGCAGCAUGCUGUUCAUCAUGGCUCUCGUGUCGAUCCCCCUGAUGGAUCGUCUCGGCCGGCGCACGCUGCAGCUGUGCGGUCUCGGCGGUAUGGCCGUGUUCUCGGUGCUCAUGACCGUCGCCUUCUUCACCUACGAGAACAACUACACGAUGAGUAUAUUCGCGGUUAUAUUCACGCUGCUGUAUGUAGCGUUCUUCGGCGUUGGGCCGAGUUCGAUCCCCUGGAUGAUCCUGUCGGAGAUGUUCGGUCAGGGCGCGAGGAGCGCGGCCGUCAGUGUAGGAGCUCUCGUGAACUGGUUCGCUAACUUCAUAGUUGGCCUCACCUUUAUUUACAUGUCGAACGCUCUAGGCAACUUCGUUUUUCUGCCUUACACCGUACUCCUGAUACUAUUCUUCAUCUUCACGUACCUGAAACUCCCCGAAACUAAGAAUAGGACGAUCGACGAGGUAACGGCACUAUUUAAGAAAUAACACUAGGGCAGCUCACAUUCCGUAGGGUUACUUGUAUUUAUUUUUACAUUAUCUGAGUAAUAAAUAGUUGUUAU